UAUCAACUCUGUCCCUGUUUGCAGAACCUGGGCUCUCUAUAGAACCCAGUCCUGUUUCAAGAUCCAGGACCCGUGUGCUUGAACACAAAGCUGAUUUCCCUGCCAGCUCAUUUCAGCAAACCCUGCCUGCUCUGAAGAGGCUGUCAUUGUUUCAGAACCUGUCUGUUUGCAGGGCAUGUGUGGGCUUACAAAGUGCAAAGUCUCUGACUGUAGAGCCUCUGUCUGCAGAGCCUCUGUCUUUUUUUCAGAGUCUGGGUCUCUUGGCAGAAUUGAUGGGUGUUUGCCCAGCUUUUCCCAUCUCUUUGUACGUAGGAUUUGAGUCUGUUUUCCAAGGCUGUUCCUGGAUGCAGCGUCUGCUUGCUUAAAGAACCUGCCUCGUCUGUUUGCAGAGCCUAUCCUUUCUAUGUACCUGUCCAUAUCUACAGUCUGUCCCUUAUGCAAAGAGUCCCUAUCUUAAGGGUUUGUCCUCACCCAAAUUUACAGAGCCUUUCCCAGUCUGUGUAGCUCCUCCAUAUCUGCCAAGCCUGUGGCUGUUUGAGUCUUUUUUUGUGUUCAUGGCCUUUGCUGUUUCCCUGGCCUGUCUGAAUUUCCCUGGAUAGAGUCUGUGUCUCUUUUUGCAGGCUGUCCCGAUACACACAGUUGGUCCUUGACCACAGAAUUCAUUUUUGUCAGGAGAACCUGUGACUGUUGCAGCUCUUUCUUCAGUCUGAGGAAGCCGUCCCUGUUUGCAGAGCCUUGCUUAUAUGUAGAGCCUUUUUCUAUCCACAGAAUCUAUCACUCUCUGCCUGUGUGGUCUCUCUUUGCAUAGCCUGUCCCCUAACUGGAAGACCUAGGCCUGUUUGCAGCUUUGAAUCCUGUAGACAAAAUCUACAGGAUUUAGUCUCAUUUCAAGAGCCUGUUUGCUGAGCCUAUCCCUGGCUGCAGAAUCUGUUCUUUUACUAGCAGAACUCUUGCCUGUCUGCACAACCUGUCAUUGUUCCCCAUGGCUGUCCCUAGCUGCAGAUCUUGUCUGUCUACAUACCUGUUUCUAACUCCCUGUUUGCAGAGGUCCCUGUGUUCAAAACUCAUCCCUGCCCACAGAGCUUGGCUCUCUUUCAAGAGCAUAACCACAGACAACAAACCAGGUCCCUGCUUGCAAAGCCUCUGUGCCAGUGUCUGCAGUACCUGUCCUGGUUUGCUAGCAUUUGGGUAUUUAUAGAGCCCUUCUGAUGAAAGGCAUGUUCUAUGAUGUUGGUGCUUUGGAGAGCUGCAGGAUGGACAUCAACAAAGGCCUCCCAGCCAUUGCGAGCCACAGGGACCUCCACGUAUGGAUCAUUGAGAACCAGAGGAUGGUGCCAGUACCUGAAAGGGCCUAUGGGAACUUCUUUGAGGAACACUGCUACAUCGUCCUCCAUCUACAGGAAAGGUGGCCUGGACUCUGCCCUCAAGCAUGUGGAGACCAACAUGUACAACAUCCAGCGACUGCUGCACAUCCAAGGGAGGAAGCACGUAUCAGCCACUGAGGUGGAGCUCUCUUGGAACAGCUUUAAUAAGAGUGACAUCUUCCUGCUGGACCUGGGCAAGAUCAUGAUCCAGUGGAAUGGGCCCGAGACCAGCAUUUCUGAGAAGGCGAGGGGACUGGCCCUGACCUGCAGCCUCCAGGACAGGGAGCGUGGUGGUCGCGCACAGAUUGGUGUGGUGGAUGAUGAGGUCAAAGCCACUGACCUCAUGAGGAUCAUGGAAGCUGUGCUGGGCUGCAGAGUGGGCAACCUGCCUGCCUCCAUGCCCAACAAGAGUAUUAACCAGCUGCAGAAGGCCAGUGUCCGCCUCUACCAUGUCUGUGAGAAGGAGGAGGACUUGGUGAUCCAGGAGUUGGCCACCUGCCCACUAACCCAACACCUACUGCGAGAGGAGGACUACUACAUCCUGGAUCAGGGCGGUUCCAAGAUCUAUGUGUGGCAGGGACGCAUGUCUGGCCUCCAAGAGAAAAAGGCCGCCUUCAGCCGGGCCCUGGCCUUCAUCCAGGCCAAGGGCUACCCGACCUACACAAACGUGGAGGUGGUGAACGACGGCGCCGAGUCGGCCGCGUUCAAACAGCUCUUCCGGGCCUGGUCUGCGAAGAAGCCAGAGAACAGGAACCUCCACGGGAUGAGUGAAUUGAUUCGGGGAAGGCUGGAUGUGGGUGAGCUGCACAGUCAGCCUGAGCUAGCGGCCCAGCUCAGGAUGGUGGACGACGCCUCCGGGCAGGUGGAGGUAUGGUGCAUCCAGGACUUAUGCAGACAACCCAUGGACCCCAAGCAUCACGGACAAUUGUAUGCGGGCAACUGCUACCUUGUCCUCUAUACAUACCAAAAGAUGGGCCGCGUCCAGUAUAUUCUGUACCUGUGGCAGGGCCACCAGGCCACCACAAGUGAGAUCAAAGCCCUGAACUGCAACGCGGAGGAGCUGGACCUCAUGUACCAUGGAGCUCUGGUGCGGGAGCAUGUUACCAUGGGCAGCGAGCCCCCGCACUUCCUCGCCAUCCUCCAGGGCCAGCUGGUGGUCUUCCAGGGGCGCAUGGGGCACAACAGGAAGGAGCUGCCAGCAUCUGCCAUGAGGCUCUUCCACGUGCAAGGCACUGACAUCUACAACACCAAGACCAUGGAGGUGCCGGCCCGUGCCUCAGCUCUCAACUCCAAUGACGUCUUCUUGCUGGUCACAGCUAGCAUCUGUUACCUCUGGUUUGGAAAGGGCUGCAGUGGUGACCAGCGGGAGAUGGCGCGGACAGUGGUCACUGCCAUGUCUGGGGAGACCAAGGAAACGGUGCUGGAGGGUCAGGAGCCUCCCUGCUUCUGGGAGGCCCUGGGGGGCCGGGCUCCCUACCCCAGCAAUAAGAGGCUUCCCGAGGAUGUCUCCAGCUUCCAGCCACGACUGUUUGAGUGCUCCAGCCAGAUGGGCCAGCUGGUCCUCACAGAAGUUGUGUUCUUUAGCCAAGAGGACCUGGACAAGUAUGACAUCAUGUUACUGGACACUUGGCAGGAGAUCUUCCUGUGGCUUGGAGAAGCUGCCAGUGGGUGGAAGGAGGCGGUGACCUGGGGCCAGGAGUACCUGAAGACCCACCCGGCAGGGAGGAGCCUUGCCACGCCAAUCGUGGUGAUCAAGCAGGGCCAUGAGCCUCCUACCUUCACUGGAUGGUUCUUCACUUGGGACCCCUACAAGUGGACUAACAACCAGUCCUAUGAGGAGGUGGUGGAUGGUGGCCUGGGAGCAAAACCUGCCAUAUUUGAGCUCACAGCAGAACUCAACAACUUCCAGCUGUCUAGAGUGCCAAGCCAUGGCAGGGCAGGCCCCUUGUCCCCACGGACCCUCAAGGGCUCCCAGGACGGCUCAGGAAAUGAGCUGCAGCUUGACUCCAAGGGCGGUGGCACCAGCACCAGCAGCUACCACAGCAGCCCCAAACCCACCAUCAAGGGGAGCCUGCCCCGUGAGCAGCUAAUGCACCAAGCUGCUGAGGACCUGCCAGAGGGCGUGGACCCAGCCCACAAGGAGUUCUAUCUCUCUGACUCUGACUUCCAAGAUAUCUUUGGGAAAUCCAAGGAAGAAUUCUAUAGCAUGGCCAAGUGGAGGCAGCAGCAGGAGAAAAAGCAGCUUGGCUUUUUCUGAUCCCAGGCCCUGCCCCUGCUGGUGCUACCCACAUGGCCGGGACCUCCAAGGGUACCUUCUCAACACAUACCUGAGCCCCGGGGAGACCCUGCUGGCACUCCCUAGUCGGAGACUUCCGGAUCACCCCCUCCACCCCGGUCAAUAAA